UGCGGCCAGCGUGCGGGGCAGGAGCGGAGACUCCAGCUCCGACAGCGGCCCCCCCGCCAUGCCGGCCCCCUGCUCUGCCUGCGGCGCCAGCCCGGCUGCCCUGCGGCGCCCCAAGACAGGCCACGCCCUGUGCCGCGCCUGCUUCCUGGCGGCCUUUGAGGAGGAGACGCACCAGGCCAUCGUGGCCGGGCAGCUAUUCCGGCCCGGCGAGACCGUGGCCAUCGGCGCCUCGGGCGGCAAGGACUCCACGGUGCUGGCCCACCUGCUGCAGCUCCUUGACCAGCGCCACGGCUACGGCCUGCGCCUGCUGCUGCUCUCCGUGGACGAGGGCAUCGCCGGCUACCGCGACGCCUCCCUGGCUGCCGUGCGCCGCCACCAGCGCCGCUCCGGCCUGCCCCUGCACGUGGUCUCCUACCGCCAGCUCUACGGCUGGAGCAUGGACCGCAUCGCCCGCCACCUCGGCCCCCGCAACAACUGCACCUUCUGCGGCGUCUUCCGGCGCCAGGCCCUCGACCGGGGCGCCCUGCUGAUGGGUGCCGACAAGAUCGCCACAGGGCACAAUGCGGACGACGUGGCUGAGACGGUGCUGAUGAACUUCCUGCGGGGCGACGUGGGUCGGCUGCGCCGGGGGGCGGGAACAGGGCCGGCAGGCGGGGAGGGGGCCGUGCCCCGCUGCAAGCCCCUGCGCCACGCCUACGAGAAGGAGAUCGUCCUCUACGCCUACUUCCAGGGCCUGGACUACUUCAGCACCGAGUGCGUCUACGCCCCCCAGGCCUACCGCGGCUACGCCCGCGCCCUGCUCAAGGACCUGGAGGCCGCCCGGCCCAGCACCGUGGCCGACCUGGGCCACUCGGGCGAGCGGCUCUCGCUGCGGUCCGACCUCCGCAUGCCGGCCCGCGGCACCUGCCAGCGCUGCGGCUACGUGGCCAGCCAGCCCCUGUGCAAGGCCUGCGUCCUGCUGGAGGGGCUCGACCGCGGCCUGCCCAAGCUGGGCAUCGGCAAGCACCGGCGCCUGCGGGACAAGCUGCGGGACGGGCAGCCCCUCACCCAGGAGGAGCGCAGGCGUCUGGGGGCUCCGGCCGAGGGGGAGCCGCUGGAGGAGCAGGAGCCUCGUGGGGAGCUGGGGACAGACGAGGAGCCGUGGGGCAGACGGGAGCUGAGGGGCCCACAGGACCUGGACUUCUGA